AUCCCAACUUCUCAUUUCUUUAUCUUCUUGCAAUUUCCCAAAAAUGGUUCUUUCCUCCUUAUUUGCUCUCUUUUUCCUUCUUUUCCUCUCCCAUUACAUCUUCAAGAACUUCACUUCCGGUCGCCGGAAACUUCCUCUCCCGCCGGGAACUCUAGGCUGGCCUUACAUCGGAGAAACUUUCCAACUCUACUCUCAAAACCCAAAUCUCUUCUUCUCAUCCAAGAUCAAAAAGUUUGGUUCAAUCUUCAAAACCCACAUAUUGGGUUGUCAUUGUGUGAUGAUAUCAAGUCCGGAGGCAGCUAAAUUGGUACUAGUUUCAAAAGCUAAUCUUUUCCGGCCAACUUUUCCGGCGAGUAAAAUGAGGAUGUUGGGUAAACAAGCAAUUUUCUUUCAUCAAGGUGAUUACCAUAAUAAAUUAAGAAGAUUAGUUCUUAGAUCAUUCAUGCCAGAAGCCAUUAAAGGAAUUGUUUUCGAUAUGGAACAAAUUGCCAUUCAAUCUCUUGGAUCAUGGGAAGAUCAAUUGAUCAAUACUUUCCAAGAAAUGAAAAUUUAUACAUUCAACGUGGCUUUACUUUCCAUAUUUGGAAAAGAUGACGUUUUAAAUAGAGGAGAUUUGAAAAGAUUUUAUUAUAUUCUUGAGAAAGGUUACAAUUCAAUGCCUAUUAAUUUACCCGGAACACUCUUUCAUAGUUCAAUGAAAGCAAGAAAGGAAAUAGUUCAAAUCGUCGCAAAAACAUUAGCUUCUCGACGCCAAAUGAAAUGCGAUCAUAACGAUUUACUCGCGUCGUUUAUGAGCGAUAAAGAAGGUUUAACCGAUGAACAAAUUGUCGAUAACAUUAUCGGUGUUAUAUUCGCUGCCCGUGAUACAACAGCUAGUGUUCUUACUUGGGUUCUUAAGUAUCUUGCUGAAAAUCCAACUAUUCUUCAAUCCGUCACUGAGGAACAAGAGGGAAUUGUAAAGAGGAAGGAAGAAAAUGGUGAAGAAAAACACUUGACAUAUUUAGAUACAAAGAAGAUGCCAAUUACUUCAAGGGUUAUUCAAGAGACAUUAAGAGUUGCUUCGAUUUUGUCUUUUACAUUUAGGGAAGCUGUCGAAGAUGUCGAAUUUGAAGGAUAUCAUAUACCAAAAGGAUGGAAAGUUUUACCACUCUUUAGAAACAUUCAUCAUAGCCCAGAAAACUUCCCAGACCCUGAGAAAUUUGACCCAUCAAGAUUUGAGGUUGCUCCAAAACCCAAUACAUUUCUGCCAUUUGGCAAUGGGAUCCAUUCAUGUCCAGGAAAUGAGCUGGCCAAGAUUGAGAUUUUGGUGCUUCUUCAUCACCUCACCAUAAAAUACAGGUGGUCUAUGGUGGGCCCACAGAGUGGAAUUCAGUAUGGUCCUUUUGCUCUUCCCAAAAAUGGUUUGCCCAUUAGACUAUCUCUGAGGACAACAAAAUCAAGAAAUUAAGAGCUAGUUUGAAAUGGGUUUUUUUGGAUUUCCAUCCUAAGACAAAGAAACAAACAUUUCCAAAAUGGGUUCAAUCCAGAAACAGAGAUUGAGACAGACAAACAAACAGGGAAAAGGUUUCAAGAAUGAAGUCAAAUGAAUGAGGAGAUAUUUCAAGAAUCAUGCAUGAUGAAACAAGAUCAUAAAUUUUCAACAACAAAACAAAGAGAUGAUGUUAGUUUAAUUUACUAUUGAUUAGAGGUUUAAUUAUGUAUUUUUUUUUUUUACUAUUUACUAUGUUUUUAGAAGUCCGCAAGGCAAUAUUAUAGAUGGAGAUGGAGAUUUUUUUUUGUUAGGAUGUUUAUUUUCUUCUCAAAUAAAAUCUAAGGAAUAAAUCCUUUAUUUCUUUUU